AUGUUCCGUCUGCCUAAAUCCUCUUCUCUCUCUCCUUUCUCUUUCCCCCGACUUCAGCGCCCAGCUUACCGAUCAUUCUCCGGUUCCCCGAAACGGCCUCAGUACAAAACCUACUUUUCAGAAAACCAGACUGCUUCCUCUUCGUCUCGGCCCCGUCCGUUCCGCUUCGUCCUCCGCAUCUUAGGAUUCGGCACCAUCGCAGUAUUCGCCUUCAGCGCCGGCCUUUCCUUCCAAAGUUUCCGCACCCUUAACCGCAUCAUGGCGGCUCCCAUUCCUACCAACGAAGAGACCCUCACGGCCUUCCAGGCCCCGGACGCCUGGUCCGCAGAGAUCGAUGCGACCCUUCGCACCCACGCCGAGGCCGAGGCUCUCCGCGCCAACCCGGACUUCACAGAAGCGCGUCCCCAUCACAAGAUCCCCGAGACCUUGCGGGCUCGCAGUUUGACUGCGGGCACGCUGGCGGGACCCGGAAAGAUCGUGGUUCCUCCCUACGUGUUUAGUGAACGCGACGGCAAGAGCAUGGUGUCGCUGAUGUAUCUGGGCUCCGAUGUCUGCGGGCACCCCGGCAUCGUGCACGGCGGUCUACUGGCUACAUUGUUGGACGAGGGCAUGGCCCGGUGCUGUUUUCCAGCACUCCCUAAUAAGGUCGCCGUGACGGCGAACCUGAAUAUUGAUUACCGGGCUCCCGCGAUGGCGGACCAGUACGUGGCCCUCCGUGCGGAGACUAUCAAGGUGGAUGGUCGCAAGGCGUGGGUGGAAGGACGCAUUGAGACUCUACCGCUUGAUGGCUCUGCGCCUGUGGUCUUGGUUGAGUCGAAGGCCUUGUUCAUUGAGCCCAGGCAGGCUGCUGCAUUGGCAAAUCUGCACAAGGUGGCAAACUGA